AUGAACGCCCAAGUGUCCUUCCUGGACGGAGAGUUCAGCCUGAUACACAUACCCCGCCACCUGUACUCGGUCUUCCUCGAGCCCAUUCUCCGCAUCCUGCUCCCCCAGCAGGAGAGCUCGGAAGCGGGCCUCGACAACGCAGGCGGCUUCCAGGGCCUCACCGCCGACCACAGGCACGUGCUGCUCAACGUCAGCGUCACGCCCAUAGAGUGCUCCAUCGUCUGCCACCAGUCCUGGGUCGAGCGCGUCUUCCGGCCCUUCCUCGACGCCGCCCUGCCCGCGGACCUGCGCAGGGCCGUCGGCAUCUCGCCGCACCCCUACAUCGCCCUCUGUGUCGUUAGCGCCGGCAUAGACGCCGGCUCCCGCGUCGUGGACCUGACCUCGCCCCUGGCCCUGGCCGGCAUCCCCAUCUUCUUCAUCACGACCUACUUCUGCGACUUCAUCCUCGUGCCCCGCAAGAACCGCGACAGCGUCAUCCAGGCGCUCGGCACGCGCGGCUUCGUCUUCUCCGAGGCCGACUCGUCCUUCACCUCACCCGUCAUGAUGGCCUCGGUGAGGGGCCGCGGCCCGACGACGACGAUGGGCGGCGCCGGCGGCGGCAGCAGCGCGCCCUCGACGCCACCGUCGUCGUCCUCGGCGUCGGCCGCCAUCAGCGACCUGCAGGACCGCACGUUCGAGCUGCUCAAGAGGCAGUCGGUCGCGCCCGAGGCCCGGCGGAGCCUGCACCUCGUCCACUGCUCCGGCCACGAGAUGCACCACGUCGGCGGCGAGAUCUCGUCGCUGCGGCCGAGCCUGAGCCGCGCGCAUACGGGAAGUGGCGGCGGCGGCGGGAACGGCGGCGGGUACCGCCGGCCCGAGCCGACGUGGAUCGAUAACAUCGACCCCAAGCUCUUCGCGUGCCUCGUGGCCGCCUUGGCCUCGCAGCCGGCCUUCCUCUCCGUGACGCUGUCCGCCGAGGACCCGCCCUCGCUGCUCCUCGACCGGGCCCUGCUGCCGCUGUUCGGCGACGCCGUCGUCGGCGACACCGAGACGGACCUCGUCCCCAUCUUCCUGGACCUCGGCGGCCUGCCGCCCGAGACGACGGGGAUCGUGUCGGGCGUCGCGGGCAGGCUCGUGCGCGAGAUGGAGGCCGCCGACACGGUCGAGCUGCUGUACCUCUCGACGGCGCGCGCCGGCACCGUCAUCCUGUCGCAGGACCGCGUCGAGGCCGCCGUCGGCGUGCUGCGGCCGCUGCAGGACAAGGUCUAG